UCCUAGUAUUGAGGAGGCAUGGAGCCUACCAAUACCCGCAGAGCUUACCUCCAGGCAGGGUGCCAUGAACACAGCACAGCAGAAUGUUUCUGAUAAUCGGAAUAGAGUCCAGACAGCAUCACAUCAUCCAGUACAGCAGAAACUUUAUACACAGUGCUUCACAACACAGAAAUUACAGGGUCUUGGUAAAGAUCAACAACCUCCAUUUCAAACUGGAUCCACACAAUCUCUCCAAGCAGCUAGCACUGAUAAUCAGAAUCAGAAUGGAAAUCAUACUCUGCCUCAAAAUUCAAAGGGAGAUGCUCAAAACGAUUUCUUACAUAUUCCUACCUCUGAAGAACAAAAGAUCAUUAACUGUACCAAAGAGAGCAAGGAUUCAAGAAGUAAAUCCUUGAGUUCUAAAACGAGUAGGCAAGAUAGAGACACAUCUAAUAUCUGUGUUAAUGCAAAGGAACAUUCUAAUCAUAUUCAUCAGAUCUCAUCAAUUCCUGUUUCCAGCCUUAAUGAAGAUUCUAUGUCACCAAAUUUAAUAAUUGUAGACAAUCCUCAGAUUUCUGUCUUGGUUGGAGAAGUUAUUGACAAUGUGGACCGUGACACUGGAACUUGUGACAAAGUAAAUAAUGUUCAUCUAGCCAUUCAUAAAAAGCCUGAUAAUCUUACUACUUCUUUACCCUCUUCAGCCAGUUCCACAGAAACACUUUCUCUAAAGCUUACUGAGCAGACACCCAUUGUUACCAGCUUCAUCAGUCCUCACAGUGGAGUACACACAAUUAAUGGAGAAGGGCACGAGAACUCAGAGAGUUCUGUCAGUGUUAAUGUUGGCCUCAGACCUAGACCUCAAAUUAUACCAUCAAUGUCUGUGUCCAUAUACUCCAGUUCAACAGAAGUUCUGAAAGCAUGCAGGUUAGUGUGUUUAAAGUUCAUCCAAAAGUGGAAAUGA